AUGAUACGAUAUAAAGGCUGGUAUCAGUCAGCGCUGCGCCUGCCUUCUGGGCCACAUUUCCUUCCAAUGGAGAUGUCUGAAGGAAAGAUCCGUAUAAACUCUAAACUCUUUACUUUCUGUGAUUACAGGGCUGAUGCACUCUUUACUUUGCACAUUGGAGCCCGUUCGUUCGCCUUGCAUGAAGGAGCAUCUCAGAGCUUUAAACGUUUUUGCACCAAGAUCCCUGAACUCUGUCUAGCAGAGGACGACACAGCUACGGUGGUUAUAGUGGAUAACGAUGUCGCCGACUCCGAAGUUGAGGAUGCGGACAACCACGGCUGCGCUACGUUUUCCCUUGCGAGAACAUGCGCAAAGGGCAUUGACAGCCUUGAAAUUCCCGUAAUUAGCACAAAGAGUCGUAAGAAGUUAGGGGAUGUGUUGCUGUCCCUCACCUGGUUGGCCGUGGCGCCCACGAGUACAUCUGUCGCCGCGGAAGCUGUUACCGCAAAUUCCUCUCGCUACCGUUUUUCUUCCUCCUCUCCUUCAUCUCCUUCCGCCGUGGAUACCUCCGUCGCUGUCGGCAUGACCACCGCAGCAUGCGCCGAUAACGGUGGAACUUCCACCAGCACUUCCCGCUCCUCCCAACCCGACAAUAUUAGCCCGCCUCGGCUUUUCGUGCCGUUCACAAAGGAAGCCGAAGCUCUGCCAGAAAUAAUAGCAAGUGAUCAAAAAGAAAAUGAUGUUUCAUGCCAUGACCGGAUCGCGGAGCUCCAAUCCGAGGAGCCGAGAGUUGCAACGGCGCCAGCCGCGUUUGGCUCGCCUUUCGCGUUUGCAGCACUGGAGGCCGAAGCCGCGGGGCCCCAGCCAUUUGCAACGUCAGCGCCGGACGCCGCCAACGCCGGCUUUGGCUCGCCUCUCGGAUCUGUAGGGCUUGAGAGAUCUUGCAGAUUGUACCAGGUCGCUGCAAUUAUCGGGAACUGGUGCAGCCCAGCCCGCAGCCCGCUGCGACAGCGGAAACGGAUUGUCGACCCAUCUCCGAAACCACGCACGAAGCGCCGAAACCACGGUCCGGCCGACGGUUCAAAGCUGCCGAACUCCAAGGAGGCCGCCAAUGGGCAAAUAAAAUCCCAAAUCGGUUCCGGAGCUGCGGUUGGGUCACUCAAUAAAACAGUUGGCGACAGCAGCGCAGGCGCGGGUGAUCUCAAGGCUAGCGUUACAGUCGACCACCCAGUCAGCUGCAAUCAAAUAAAGCCGGGCAAAAGGGCCAGGAACGCUUCGGGCAAUGAGGUUUUAGCUGCUGACGGCGGCGCUUGUGGUGGCUGCGACGGCGGCGCCUGUGGCUGGCAUACUCAUCCAGAUCGGCGGCGCGUGCUGAUGAAAGUACGAUACAAGUACUGCGCUAUGAAGCGGUUAGCGGAGCAAGGUCUGGAACUGGAGCACCGGAUUCAGGGCCGGGUGCGUUUCAUUGAGGGCAAGGGAGAGGGAGAGGGAGAGGGAGAGGGAGAGGGAGGAAGCGUUUCGUGUUAUGACCAGUUUGCCCCGUGCGUCCUCCAAACCCCUACCCAGGUCAAGUACCCGUACCCGCUCGCACUCCGAGUCCGAGAAGCUCUCCUAAGCUUCCCUAUGGGUCAGGCAACGGUAAAGGAGGUGCGUGAAGCCAUCGAGGCGGAUCCGUCGUACAGCCCCUACCUGGACCGUCGACCCCAGACCACGGACGGUGCCCGCCAGGCCAGGUGGCAGAAGCAGGUUGGCCGCAUCCUGACUAGUCAUUCGCAUUGCGGUUUCGGCCGCACAGGCGAAAAGAGGAAUGGGCUCAAUCUGUACACGUAUCGGCCAUCCCUGGAUCGGCGUUCCCGGGAUCCGGAUCCUGUUCGCCAGGUCUUCGCGGCGUCCACGGGUCGUGCCUCGGAUUGCGAGGGGGAUGAUGGCAAGUCGGCAGAGGAGGGAGUCUCGCCGGCGACAGCUCCGACUCCUUCGGCAACCGCAUCCCAACCAACCGCAACAGUCGCAACCGCGGCUACAGCCACGGCUACUGCCACAGCUACUGUCACGGCGCCAGGCCUAACAGGGAAAACGGGCAGUACGGCAUGUCCCUCUGCCCCGCAGCGCUCCUCGCCGUCUGAAGCUUGUUUAGGCUCCGCCAGGCCAGGGCCGCCUCAAGCGGCGGCGGCAACUGCUUGUCCUGCCCCCCAGGUAGCAGCAUGUGCGAGGAGCCAACCUAGCAGAGAAACGCAGGCACUCGGCGACGAGAGGGGGGUCACCGAGGGAUCGCAACCAUCGCCGCCGGCAGCAGCGGCAGCAGCUGCUGUGGCGUCGAUGGCACAAGGGUCGAUGGCAUCCUCCAGCGUGCGACUUGGCGGGCCUUGUCUGCAGACGCGCACUGGCUACGACUGCGGCGGCGGUAGCAGUGUUGCGCCCUCAAGUCCUCUACGCGGAGGCAUGUCUGGCGGCGACAGAUGUGAUCGCAUCUGUGGUGGUGGCGGUGGUGGGGGUGGCGGUGGUCAGCAGCGGGACGCAGUCAAGGUGGCGCGAUUGUCGGUUGGAGCAGCUGCGGCAGCGUCAGCGCCACGGCACGGACGCAAUGGGCACUGCUCGUACAGAACGGUGUCGUACAUGGCGGCAGCCGCGGCUGCGGCGCUGGCGGCGCUGGAGGACGGCGGGGAACUGUUGUUGGAGGAGAGGGCGCUUUUAGCAGGCGUCAAUGAGCAGGAUGUCGGGUCUCGUUUAGGCAAGGCAGGCAAGGCUACAGGCAAAGUUAAGGAUCUCACAGAUGCAGCAGUCGUCGAGUCCCUUCAUGGUCAAGCCUUUGAGGUGCUUGCAGCUCAGCACCAACCGCUGGCUGUCCUGCAAGCGCUGGGCCAGCUUCCCACGGACCCCGCCACAGCGGCCGCGGCCGCAGCGGCCGCGGCUGCUGCCGCAGCCGCAGCCGCCCAGCAGCCUCAUGCCGGCGUUUUGCCAGGUGCCAACGGCGAUAUGGGACAGCAGCUGGAGCCCGCUACCACGACCAAGAAGCGGCGCAGGGAUACCGUGGCGGAGAACGAGAGCGCGGGCCUAAUUUGGACGGACGAACGUGUUCAGUUGGUCUUCGAAACCGUCAAAAAUAACAUGGCCACAAACAGAAAGCCGGACUAUCCAGGCCUCAUCAAGGCUCUAGGCUGGGACGGUGUGCCUGAUCAACACAAGGUGGUGCUGAAGCUGCGCAAUAAGUACAGUGCCAUGCGUCGGAUCGUUGAGAGCGGAGCCACCUUUGAGGAGCGCAUCGCCCCGAAGGCAAGCGAGUCCUGGCUUGUGCACGCGCGCGCGCGCGUGGAUUAUCCGUACCCGCUGGUUCGGAAGGUGAAGGAGGUCCUGAAGAAUUUUCCUGAUUGCUCGGCAACGGUUAAGGAGGUGUGGGAAGCCAUGGAGAACGAUCCCUACUACAGCCCCUACCUGGACCGCCGACCCCAGACCACGGACGGCAGGCGCCUGACUCGAUGGCAGAAACAGGUCAGCCGGAUCCUCACCAGUCGCGUCCGCUUCGGCUUCAUCAACACAGGCACUAAGAAGGACGGCUUGUUCGUUUACAAGUACGACGCCGCGCAGGAUCACACAACACGCAAGGCACGUUUGAAGUUCGAUCUGGCGACAGGGGCGCCUCCAGGCAUUCCUGGCCUGCCUCUGCCGAGCGGCGCUGCCCUGCAAUCGUUGGACGACCUCGGAGAUGACGACAUGGACGAUGACGACGACGGCGGCGUCGAUGGCGGCGCAGGGGGGGGUACCAAGCGCAGCACAGCGGAGAAGCGUGCAGCGGCAGUCCAACGGGCCGCGCUGCUGCCUCCCGGAGCCCUCGAGGUCGGAGUGGACCCGCACACGGCACCGAGACACCGCAGCAAUCGGCCGUUCCGGCCGGCCUCUGGUGCCGCCGCGGCGCAGCAUAGCCAUCAGCAGCAGGUGGCAGCCGCUGCGGCGGCGGCUGCCGCUGCCGCGGCAGGACAGAUCAACAUGCAGCAGAUGGGACAGAUGCUGGCGGCCGCUGCAGCAGCAGGCCAGGCAGGUGCGCUGGGCACGGGCGCGCAGCCUUUUGCUCAGAUGGUUGCGGAGGCAGCGGCAGUGGCCGCGGCGGUGGGCGCGAACGGAAUGGCAGCUGGGGGGGCUCCGGGCAUGGUGCUGCCCCUUACGGUGGGACAGACGCCGGGGACACUGGGUAUGGGGCAGGUGCAUCUGGGCGUCGGACAGGGCUCCCAGCAAAUGGGCAUGGGGCAGGGACCGUUGGGGGUUGGUCAGCAGCAGGGAAUGGGUAUGGGGCAAGGCGCCCUGACAUCGGCCGCACCGCUGACUGUAAGCCCGCACGAUAUGCUGGCGUCGUUGGCGACCAGCCCGCAACUGGCAGCUGCAAUGGCGGCGGCAAUGGUGGAUCCCAGCCAGGUUGCCGCCAGCACGGCCGCCGCUGCUGCAGCAGCCGUAGCCGCGGCAGCCGGAAAACGCCCGUCGGGCCGAGCUUCCCGACUGGGGGCCGAUGCCUUGGGUGAAGCCGACGGCCUGGGGGAUCUUCAGAUGGAUGGCUCGGCGACAGAGGGUCAGCAACACCUUGAGGCGGGCAGUGCGGCUGCAGCGGCUGCCGCCGCCGCGGCAGCGGCGGCCGCUGCCGCCGGCUUGACGGACAGCCAGGGGCUGCUGGAAGCCCUCACUGCGGCGAGCAGCCUCGCUGGAGCGUCGGGUCUUCCCCCUGGUGCGCUUACGGACGCUGCCAUGCACUUUGCACAGAUGCAGCAGCAUCACCACCAGCUGCACAUGGCUGGCCUGCAAGUGAUGACCGCAGCACCUGGGGCUGGGGGCCUGCUGGGCGGUGGCAAAGAUGCCGACGUCCGGGCAGGUUACGUUGGAAGUGAGGGCGCCCAGGGGGCUGCCGGUGGUGCUGGUGAAACAGUGGUGGGCCCGGAUGGUGCUGGCGGUGAUGAGGGGGCCACCCACCAGGGGCAUGCUGACGGUGCAGGAGGGGGAGUGGGUGCGGACGCGCAUGGCAUCAUGCACGCUGGCAAUGGUGGCAUGCUACAGGGUGGCGAGGACCCAGUGGCCGUUGUGGCGGAGCAUCACCCGCACCAGCAUCACCACGCAGCAGGUCAUUCGGGCACAGCGGACCAUCACGGCGGCGGCGGCGCGACGGUGCUGGACGAUAAUGCCGCGGCGGCGGCGGGGACGCCGGGUGCCGCCGGUGAGCACGCGCAGCCGGAAGAUGCGCUGAACGACGGGACGAUGGCGGCGGCAGCGGCGGCAGCAGUGGCUGCACACGACAGUCUGCUACACCUGCAGGCUAUGGGCCUGGGCGCGGCAGCUGCGGAGUAUCUCCAGGCGUCCCAUCAGCUCAUGCAAUACGCAGCCAACCCGGCAUCUGCGAAUCAGCUCCUGCUGCAGCUCCACUCCCAACAGCUGCAGCAGCAGAUGGAGCUGCAGUACCAGCAGCACCAGCAAGUUAUGAAGUAUCAGGAAGAGGCGGUUUUGGCCGCGGCCGGAUCGCCGUCGCAACAGCAGCAGCAUCCGGACGGUACGGGAGCUGAGGCGUCUGGCGGCGAUGCAUCACCCGGUGGCGGUCGCGCCAACCGCCGUGCUUCUUGCAUCCCCCAGUCUUUGGAUUAG